GCCCCACCCCCGAAUCUUCUUCCCUUCCCCCCGCACCAUCUCAUUUGUUUAACGCCCAAUCAGCGGCUAAUGAUUCAUUCCAUUCCAAUCCAUGCGAUGCGAGCGAGCGAGGUCUGUGAGAUGCCAAGAAGAUUAGUAGUACCACUACGCUAGGUGACAGUCGAGACCCCCUUUCAAUCUGCUGGCAUUUAGCUGCUUCCACCGAUCCAUCUUCUUCUUCUUCUUCUUCUUCCUGUGGCAGCAUUUUGUUGUUUCUCCCCCUCUCUUCUGCUUCCUCCUCCCAUCUUCUUAUUCUUCUUCCUCCCGCACUCACUGUUGACGCCAUUCUCCUGCUCCGCUCAGGCUCUGAGCCGGGCUCCCAAAGGAGACCCAUCCGCUCCUGCUCUUGCUCCGCAUUCCCUCCACACCCCACUCCUGCUCCUCUUCUUCUCCCGCCGUCCGCGGCGCCACUGGGGAGAAGCGAGCAGCAGCCUAGAUAUAGGCGCCGUGGCCGCCACGGCCGAGACAGACAGAGGGCCAGAGAGAGAAAGACCAAGGGGGGAUAUCAUAUUGCUGCUCCUCCUCCAAGAUCUCCAUCCCCUUUCGAGCUCCCCGUCGGGUCCUCCCUGACUGGUGAGCAAUGCGGCGGCGCGCGCCGGGUCUGGGAGAGGAAUAGGAGGCGUCGGCGUUGGUCUUGGUCUUGGUUUCGCUCGCGCGGGACAGCAGGAAGUGGGACCAAGAAGAAAGCGGGGGCAACAUGGCCGGCGGCGAGGGCUCCAGCGCGGCGGGCGGGACGGGGGAGAUGCGGUCGCUGGCGCUCACGCCCACCUGGUCCGUCGCCACCGUGCUCACGCUCCUCGUCGCCGCCUCGCUCAUCGUCGAGCGCUCCAUCCACCGCCUCAGCAACUGGCUGAAGAAGACUCACCGGAACCCGCUCCACAAGGCAAUGGAGAAGAUGAAAGAAGAAAUGAUGUUGCUCGGCUUCAUAUCCCUGCUUUUAGCGGCGACGUCGAGGAUGAUCUCCGGUAUCUGCAUCGACUCCAAGUACUACAACAGCAGGUUCUCCCCGUGCAACAAAGAAGAGGCUGAGGAGUCAUUGAGCACCGAGCACGACCUGACUCGCAAGCGCAACCACAUAAUCGAUGCCAUCCUGCAUCGUUCUCUCAGGAGGAACCUUAAGGCGCAGUCCCAUCAGGUGGAGAGCUGCCACGAGGGCUUCGAGUCGUUUGUUUCGCAUGAGGGUCUCGAGCAGCUCCACCGCUUCAUAUUUGUCAUGGCGGUAACCCAUGUGACCUACAGUUGCUUGACGAUGUUGCUAGCUAUACUCAAGGUCCAUACAUGGAGAAAAUGGGAAGAUGAAGCAUUUAGAGAUAAUCACGAAUCUUUUUCCCAGAUUGCGUAUGCAUCAGCAACUAGAAGGCAACCACCAGCACUUACCAAAUCCUCUUCAUUCAGAUUUUGGAGUCAAAAUAAUGCGGUCAUGUGGGUGUUUUGCUUCCUUGCUCAAUUUGGUCAAUCUGUUGUUCGAGCUGACUACCUUAUCCUUCGCAAGGGUUUUAUAAUGAACCACAAUCUUGCACCAACGUACGACUUCCACACUUACAUGAUACGCUCAAUGGAAGAGGAGUUUGAGAAGAUUGUUGGAGUGAGUGGAGUGCUGUGGGGCUUCGUUGUUGCUUUCAUGCUAUUUAAUGUUGAUGGAUCUAACCUGUACUUUUGGAUAGCCAUCCUCCCUGUUGCUCUUGUUCUUCUAGUCGGUGCGAAACUGCAGCAUAUAAUAGCCAUUUUAACAUCAGAGGGUGCAAAGCUGACUGCAUUUGGACCAAGGAUAAAGCCACGCGAUGAUCUCUUUUGGUUCAAGAAACCAAAGUUUCUCCUGUGGCUGAUUCACUUUGUUCUCUUCCAGAAUGCAUUCGAGCUGGCCUCUUUCUUCUGGUUCUGGUGGCAAUUUGGUUAUGAGUCAUGCUUCAUCAAAAACCACCUACUGGUUUACUGCCGCCUUGUAUUGGGGUUUGCCGGACAGUUUCUCUGCAGUUACAGUACGUUGCCUGUUUAUGCGCUUGUCACACAGAUGGGAUCAAAGUACAAGGCUGCCCUGAUCCCCAACAGGAUCAGAGAAACCAUGCACGGGUGGGGCAAGGACACAAGGAAGAAGAGGAAGAAGCGGCGCGGCGACGAUUCCACCAUUCGUACGGAGACCAGCACCGUGUGCUCCCUCGACUACGAGGACGAAGACGACGACGGCCAUGGCCAUUCCGAUGAUGCCACGACACCCAGGUUGCCGCCAUACCUGAAGAUCGAGCUACGGCCAAUGCGGGGCGGCGGUGGCAUUCCUACACCAGGCAUGCCGAGCCACCAGCUUCCGACUGGCGGCAGCAACUGGACCCCCGGCGGCAGCUCCCAGCACGCUCUGCUCCAGCGACAGGGCUCGGCCUCAGCCUCCGCGCCGUCGUCACCGCCACCGAGCAGCCAUGGCCGCGGCGUCGUAAGGUCGGCGUCGAUGCCGGGGAUCGCUGCCGUGGCAACGAUAGCCUCGACGAUAGGCCUUAGCACCCCGCCGACUCGGCUCAGCGAUGAUGCCCAUGCAUAGGAGGACACUGGACUUAUUUGUGUUACUAUAGGAUGAUGAUGACGAUGACUGAUGAGAGAUAAUGCUAGGAUCAUAUCAUAGAUGAGAGAAAGAUAUAGUACUUCAUAUUGUGGUCAUAUAAGAUGGUGUAUAGUUUUACAUACAUGAUCAAUUAUACUAGUGCUGUCAUCAUGAUGAA